UUUUCGUAUUUCGAUACCGCCGCGCGCUGAUUACUAAUCAAGUUUAUAAUGGAAAUUCUUAUACUAUUUCAUUAUAUAAUUACGAUUUAACAUCUAAAGUAAUAUUUAUCGCUAAAUUUAUGCAGCGGGUCCGCAAAAAAACACCAAACAACAUUGGAAACGUCACAAUAAUAUGUAUCAUAACCUCUCAAUAAUUUAGUUUUCGGUUAGAAGUUAAAAUAUUUAGUAAUAACAAGCAGUUAAAAUGCAAAAGCUUCAAGAUAGUGUGUUUUCUAUAGUUAAAACAACAAAUUUGUCUCCUGCCGUGUUUAAUUUUCUGCAGCCAACGGAAGAUUUUUCAGAUAAGACACCUCUUGGCGGAAUUUUGAAGGAUACGAAGCAUGGCUGGCUGGCUUUGGGUCCUAAAUUCUGUGUCGUCGAUCUUAGAACCGGAUUAAAAGUGGCAGCGCGAACCUUUGGCACCCCACUGAGCAAUUUCAACACUAUUAUAACAAGUGUAGUGGAAUUACCAAGACCGUUGACUACAAACUCCAUACAACUCAUAAUUAGCCUACAAAAUGAUGACGUGGGCACAAUCUGCGUACUUCAUGUCAACGGUUCACAGUUACUCCGUUGCAUACAAACUGAGGUGGUUAUUACGGAGUUGGCGGUUUGCGAUAGAGUACCGGAUGGACCCUUAACGUGUUUCGAUGGAGUCGUCAUGGCUGGAACAAAGAGUGGGGAGAUAUUUGCAUUUGAUCUCAAUAGAGCUAGUUUGUUGCAAGCAUUGAAAGACAUCUCCCAAGGUUACGAACACCUAGUCUUAAAUGAAUCCAACCCAGCCAACUUGACCUUCUUACAAAUGAGUGCUAUACACAGAAUCGGAGAGCAACAAGAACUGGCCAUAGAGAACAAUGAUCAUCUAGCCAUACUCCUUAAUGAGAACUCUUUGGUCGACGGCCAGUAUAUAUUCCUGAACCCAGACGGAACAGUCCGGAUGAAAGCCAAAAGAGAUCAUAUUCGUGUAACAGUAUUGCAAUACAUUCCACAACUGGGUAGUUUGGCAGUUGGAUAUAAUUUUGGCGCAUUCCAAAUAUGGAAUAUGAUGACUUUGGAUUUGGAAUUCACGUCACAGGUUAAUGUGGAGUGCUUGCCGGUCACCCAUUUUGGAUUUCAGGAACCCUGUGAUGACCCCAGAGCAUUCUGUUACCUCUGGGUGGUUUUCUCAGUAACAGAUAGAUUUGAAGAGGAGGAAUUCCCAUUGGCUGUUAUGUACUCCCUGACAUACCAGGGAAAGAGGAUGCUGUCUGAUACCAAGUGUCUUUAUCAGGAGUUUUCAACAGCCACAAUAAGAUUCCAACUGGAGUUGAGCUCAGCUGAUGAGGUAGCAUUGCUUGGCGGGAAAUGUGUUUCCUGCCACGCUUACUCUAUCAACUCUUCAUUAGCCGCUGAGGGAGAAGAGAGCAUGUUGAACAUUUGCCAAAUAGUAUGGGAGUGUUGGGGUGAGAAUGCGAACUCAUCCUCUCAAUAUGGAAUGCUCCUGUUUGACUUGGAUCAGUGGUACAAGGAUCAAAUGCCAGCUACCUGGCGCCUCGAAAGCACAGCAUUCAUGAGCGUUACGUGGGUGGGCGAGGCGUGGGCGGCGGCCGCCGUGGCGCUAGACGUGCGGCUCGACCCUUCCUCGCUGGCCGUCUACUCCCAUGCUACUAGGCUUGAAGAACAUUUCUAUCCUAAUUCUUUGCAAUAUAGCUGCAUAUGCCUAAACACGUCAGAAGCCUGUGUGCUCAACACGAUAGGCAUACAGCGUCAGAUCAUCUGCUCCAUCGACGAGGUGGGCCCCACGGCGCUGCUCAACCCGCCGCGACUGUACGCCGCGUGUCUAGCCGCCGGACUCACGCCGCUAUAUGUGCAUGCGUAUCCUGGGAAUGUUAACCAGGAGGAGCAGCGCAGAUACUUGCUGUCGGUGGCGCUGGAGGCGCGGCUGUCGCGCUUCCUGCGGCGCUGCGGCCUGGCCUGGGCCACCGGCAGCCACAGCGGCGCCGGCUGUACGCUUACAUUCUUGGUGGACUGGUGCUGGAAACGAGCCAUCGAGUUAAAAGAAAACGCCAAAGAACUGACAGCCCCGUUGUUUGCGUCAUCUGCUCUUCCUGAUAGGAAUGUAGUGCGGUGUCUGGAACACUGCGUACAACAGUUGACACAACUGACCGGCUUAUUGGAUGCUGUGUUAACUAAAUGCUGCAACCUGAUUAUACCCGAUGCGCUAAGUGAAAUAGAAGAGAAGUACAAAGGCAUCGGCACGGUAUCUGUGUACUUCCGCGUGGUGCAGUGGUUCCUGCGCGUGGGGCUGCUGCCCGAGCGAGCCGACGCCGCCGCCGCGCUGCCCUACCCCGCCCACCAGCUGUACUCCACUUAUAAUAAGAGGCGACUGAAACUAAAUCGUUUACAAGACAACGCGCCAACAGACGAGAGUGAAGCCAACAAGCCCUGUUCACUGUUGUACAUUGAUCAGCUGCUUGAACAGGAGUUUGGUGGAGAAAGGACUUAUCAGAUGUGGAAAAACGGCGGCAGUGAAUGCAACGGCUUGUACCCACCGCCGUCCCUCUACUCGUUACUGCGUCUGUAUUUACUGCCCGAUAUCGCAGAGGAACAUAAACACUCUUUAGUGCUGUACCUACUUGUGGAUUACUCUAUGGUCUAUGAUGAAGUUAGGUAUGAAGCAGUGAUUCGUAGACUGAUGCAGUUCCCCACAAUGUUCGGUCUGAGCAACACUGCUAUAAAGGCUACCCAAGCCUUUUGGCAUUUGGAUCACAGAGAUUUCGAUUUCGCCCUCGACCAACUCCAAUGCCUAACAGGCAACACUCUCUCGGACUGGCAACACAACGUCGUGUUAUCCACAUUGCUAGCACAAAAGAAGACUCAAGCUGCUCUCCAGUACUUACACGUUCGGAAACCAGCUCCUAUACAGAACAUUCGAGAUAAAGACGGCGACGUGGCUACAUGUUCUAUUAGAGUCAGUGACCAUGAUAAGCUGGAAGAUUGGCAGUCGUGUUGUAAUUUGUAUCUAGCGAGGGGACUGGUUUUUGAAGCGUUAGAUGUUAUAAGAAUGUGUGUGCAGAAUGCGGGGAGUGUGGAUGAUAAGGUUGCUGUGUUGCAGUUCUUUUUUAAAGGUUGUCGCAACACAGGAAAUCUGGCCAAAAUACUACAAGUGACGAUGAUGCCUUUCGAAGAGCAAAUGUUCGUCAAAUAUCUGGAGGAUUGUAAUGAACCGCACACCUCUGAUAUUCUUGUCAUGUAUUACCUACAGCAGUCCAGAUACCUCGAAGCAGAGCGCUACAACGCGAAACUCAAACAACAGAAGCCCCGAGCUAAGGACGUGUCCACAUCCGUUGAGUCGCUAUUCGAUACUAUGGACAGAGAUAACGCUAGAGACGCCAUUGUAGAAGUGGUGUGUUCCUCUCUGCCGGCCAUCGCUAACACUGUGGCACAUUAUGCGCUGGACAGCAGAGACGUGGAGCCGCAUGUGAUUGCACCGAAACCGAUGUCUGUGUUUGUAAAGGCAAAGUCGCCUAAAAACACAUUCACAUACAAAUCAUCGUUUAUUCAAGAUACCAUAGAGAAUGCUAGUGAAACGUGGUUUAACAGGCCGAAAAUGCGUCGCGGUAUGAAACGUGCGCUCAAUAUUGAAGAUACGCCGUUUAUUUGCACUCCGAAAUUGACUAGGACUAGAAGCAUCCUCUCAACGGAACAAAAGCCGUCUGAAUCGACACCCCCUAAGAGAGCUCGGUUAGACCUCACAGCGACCCCUAAGACCCCCAAAUUGGGGACGUCAUUCCAAGUCAGUGAGACACUCAGUAGUCAGAUGGCUACAUUGUUGGAUAUGCCUGAAAUGCAGAGUCCUGACUGCAAGCUGUACCCGGAUAGGGCUGGUACACCACAUAGUAUUUUGAAGACCCGACGCAAUGAAGAGAUGGAGCGAGAGGCUCCGUCGCCGGUGGACUCGCGGUACCUGGGCGACAGCGACGACGAGCUGCUGGAGACCGCCAGCAACCACACCCACUACAGCGACUCUACUAACAAACAUCUCCGCUUCACAAUACCAACGGCCUCCGAAUCUGGUUCGACUCCUUCACCACCUUCAAACGCUCAGAAAGAGAGGGAGCGAUCCGCCGCCGCCGUGCGAGAGAGGGAGAUGGAUGUAUCUAUCGAUAGCUUUGUUACCACCACUUCGCAUGCUAUGAAUGAAAAUCAUCCAUUGGAAUCGCCGCCCAAGAAACAAGCAACAGAAGAAUCGAUCAAAUCGAGGAAGUCCUUCAAAGACACGGUUCGAGCAAGGCGAUCCCUCUCAAUAUCAGUGAACAGCAGUUUAUCCGACGAUCCGAACACUUCUAUAGAAAGCAUAGCCGACAUUCCCGUAACGCUUAUAAACCCACGUUACUCAGGAGAAAAACGUCACAAGUACACUGAAAAUGUUGAGGGAAAACAGACCUUAGAUACUUCGGUUAUAGAGUUGAAUGUCGAAGCGAAGGGUAGUGAGGCGGCAAUAGCCGAGGAAAGACGAGAAGUGCCGAAGACGCCCAAAGGAAGAAGGGGCAUUAGAGCCGCUAGUGGGGAGAGUACGCCUGUUAUUAAUAGAAGUCGAACGGCAACGCCGGAACGUCAAGACUCGCCCGUUGUUACACCUUUGCGCAGUAGCAGAAUAACUAGGAGUAGAUCUAGAACGCCAGAAUUAAGUCCACGCACAUCGCCCUUAGCUCCCAUACCCGAACAGCCAAAACAAGAGUUUGAGAGCGAACCCCAUCCCGAGAGAAGUACUCUCAGUGUGCCAAGACAACUCAGGAGUAGGUCCCGUACUCCGGAGCGCCUAGAGAAGGGCGUGGCGGAGUCUCCUAAGCUGGAGGCCAUUACCGAGUCGCCUACAAAGUCUUCCAACACUGAAUCAUCUUCUUCAUCGUCGCCUUCUAGACGUAGUUUGAGGAGCCGUUCUCGUACUCCUGAGAUUGAGGUUGUAACAGAACUCGUAUUAAAGCCACCUCCACGCAGUCUCAGGAGUCGUUCAAAAACACCAGAAAAACUUAUGUCACCCAGAGUGGAAUCUUCAGCACGCAAGAAGUCCCUAUCUCGCAUGGUUUUAGAGCACAACACCUUCGCGAAAACCAAACAGACAGACAAAAUGGAUGCCGACAUUCCUGAGGAAAAAUCUGAAACAGCUAUCGAAUGUACGCCCAUGAAGACAUUGAAACAAAUACCCAGUUUAAUGGACGUCACUCUAUCUCCUAUAGUCAAUAAAUCAGUAUUACAAAGUUCUAACGACACCACUAUGUUAGAAUCACCGGAACAGGCGGCCAAAUCUGAUAAAAGUACCGCAGAAUUAGUCUUAAAUCCACUUCCAGCUUUCACUACACUUCAAGAAACUUGUAUAGAGAAGUCAGUCUUACAUAGUUACGCAAGCAGUGUAGCCGAUACCUCGGUUAGCAUUCACGAAGAAAAAAUCGUUGUAACUGAAAAGAGUCAAUCAGUCUUAAAACCUCUUCCUGCAUUUACGUUAAACGAAACAGAAUUCGAUAAAUCCGUGCUACAUAGCUACGAAAGUUCUGUAGCUGAAACUUCAAGUAUUCAGGAAGAUAAAGAUCAGACUCAACCAGAUAAAAAUACUUCGAAACCCUUCGCUGCGUUCGUACAAAUGAUUCAGACUGAUUAUGAGAAAUCUGUCCUACGUAGCGCUGAAAGCAGUGUUGCUGAUAAUUCUAAAGCUUUCGAUGAUUCUAAAGUACAAGAAGCUUCGAGCUUAAUGACAAAUGACAGUGAUGUCGAUAUGGAAGAAAAUGUAGAAAAUAAGACUGCGGCCGAACAGAAGGAGAAAGAGAAAAUAGUGGAGAUUGAGAGGGAGAUCGGUGAGAUACAGGAUAUGUCGGAUGAAGAUGUUGAUGAGAGUGAUUCGGAUGAUGAUGAUGAUGAUGAUGACGAUGUGAACGAAGGGGAGGAUGAAGCGGAGGCGUCUGGGAGCAGUUCGUUUGAUAGUGAGUCAAGUCCAACAGACGGCGAAGAAAACGACGAAGUUAUAUCAAUAGAAGAUUCGGAAGAUUCUAGCGAUAAACUGGAAAUAGACGAACAGUCCAAAGGCAGCACACAUUCAGAUAAACUACAAAUUGUCGAUGUUGAUGAACCAGAAAAUGUACCCACAGAACAAAUUACUAACAAAAAUGAUACAGAAGAAAAAGAAAAUGUAGAAAGUUCCGUAGAUCCGCUCAAUCAGGCUAAUUUCUCGCUAAUGACUGAUGAUAAUUCUGUCGCUGGGUCCGAUAAGUCGGAUAUGAAUCUCAAUUAUUCGACCGAAAGCGAUAAAGCUAAUGUUAGCGGUGAAACUACUAUUAAACCUAUGGAGACAGAACCGGAACCAACAGUACAAAUUGAAAUCACAGUGGAAACUGAAAAUAAAACAAAAGAACCCACACCCUCUAUUUCCGAAGUUGAUAGUCCUAAACAACUGGAGGUAGCUCCUACAGUGGAAGAAAUUUCAGAACCAGUAGAUAAAACAUCUAGUAUUGAACCUAAAGAUGAUAAACAAACUGAAAUACCUACUACAGAUAAAGUCAUAGAAGAAACAGAUAAUGUACCUACUAAAGAAGUCCCCAUGGUUAUUGAAGAAGAAAGCAAACCUAUGAAGAGAGUGUUGAAACUUACAGAACAUAUAUUAGAUGAGCCACAAAAUGAUCCAGAAGUUUCUCAAAAAGUUGCAGAGACUACUGAAAAUGUACCACAGACUGCAGAAAAACUACCAGAGACCACAGAAACACAAGAAACUGAGAAAAUAGAUGAAGUUGAAAUAGUAGAAAAACCUACCCGCGGUCGAAAACGUGGCAAAUCUGUAUCCUCUAACAAAUCUACUACAGAAUCAGAAAUUGAGACGGAAAUUCGCACACCAGUUACUAGAAAACGUACCCAGUCUACCGCUUCAAACAAAUCUGUGGAUACCGAAAAGACUCCUGAGAGUGCCAAACCUGAUACUCCUUCUAGACGGAGAGCCAAAACACCAACUAGCACAGAAGUACGAAAGAUAAUAACAAGACGAGUAUCAAGAGAGAUGUCAGAACGAUCGAUGACAGACGAAUUGAAAGUUCUAGAAGAAUCUGUAUUGACACCUAAGCGUCGGUCUACUCGUUCUAGAAGCAAGAAUAUUGAUGAUAAUGAAAGUGUGGCUUCAGAGAGUUCAGUAGCUUCUAUUAAGAGUAAGGCGAGUGAAGAUGCGGGAGAUAGGGUAGUUAGGAAAGGCCGUAAAUCUGUGUUGGUUAGUAAGCCGGAGUUGUCUGUGAUACCUGAAGUUAUUGUUGAAGAAGGGGGUAAGAAUGCUGAGGAUGUUGUUAAUGAAUAUUCUAGUUCUAGGAGGUUAACCCGUCACCAAAAAGCCGUGCUGGAAUCAUGGUUGGAACCCCAACCGUCGCCGCGCCGUCGCCUCAGCACUGCCUCACGAACUUCCCGCUCUAUAGCGUCAGAGGUAGAUGAUGACGAUGCCUCCUCGACCCAUUCCGCUGCCUUCGAUGUUCAGCCCAUUGACAGGAUCUCGCUGCUCAAUAAGACUGAUUUUGAAGGCUCACCCGACUUAGAAGAAAUGCUACCGAACCUGUCUCCUGAAUCUUUAGCGUCGGAUGCCAGUAAGCAGCGAAGAUCGCGUCUCGGCAGAGCAGCAUCAGAAACCAAAGCAGUGCCGCGUGCUGCCAAAAUUAACAGGAGAAUAUCUGUAGACGUUGCGGACAGCUCGGACCGCGGGUCCCCGGUGCCGAUGGGCGGCGAGAGUCCGGCUCGCGGGCGCCGCAAGUCGUUCAACCGCGCCUGCGAGGCGCUACAUACGCCCAAAGGACGACGGGCUUCUACUGAUGUUAGGCAGAAAGGCGACACGGAAAGCCCUAUAGAGUCGCCCGCGGUAUCGGAGUCCGAGGCGGCCGUCACCCCCGCGCGACGCACUCGCCGCGCCGCCUCCAACGUGUCCACCACCAGCCAAGCUGGCUCCGAGACUGGGAAGAGGUCAAGGAAAGCCGCUCUAGAUGAAACUAAGGAUGCAAAGAAGAAAUGAACAAAAACAUAAGUUAUUUUUUAUAUUUAUAGUGAAAGUUAUAGGGUUUCCGUUUUGUUUUUGCAUUUAUAACAUAAUAAAUCGAAUACCAAUUAAUGUAA